GUUUACUCCCCACGUACUUGAGUUUAAAACACACAGCAAUCAUAUCAAUGUUUCCAUACACACACAGCUUAUGUUAUUAUGUGACUUUUUCAGGGACGAAAAUCCAGAAGUUCAUCAGUCCUGGGUUCUCAAAGUUCUUUUAAUGGAAACAAGGAAGCUCUGAAACCAGGAUCUCUUGUGUUCCUCUCUGUCCCCGUGGCCUCGUGCCCAACACUAACCGAGCACACACAGAAUAGCCAAUCCUCUGGCAGCAGGAUCAGUGCCACCCUGACUCACUGGAGACGCAGGGCACUUGUACCGGGUAUGGUGGGGGUGGGGAUGGGAAACCUCACUGACCCUCGCUGACGACGGUCCCUCUUUCUGGAAGCCCGUGAAGCGGUGAGGCUGCAGGGAGCUCGGAGAGGACGGAUGUAAAGGCUGCGGCGGGGACACGAUGAAGGCUUCAAACAUACAAACCCCCAUCAUUUUGUAAACGCGUGUCCCAGGGAGUGAAAAGUGUCUCAUCUGUUGGAGGCCAUGUCCAUGCAGGGGUCGGUGCUCGCUGUGGGGAAAUGUCUCGCCUGUUUGGAGUUCAUGCUGUUACCAGUGUGGCAGGGGAUCAGGGCCAGUAGUGGCAUUGGAGAUGGAUGGAGCCAGGGCUUGGGCCGAUGCUUGCGAUGGGAGCCCAGCAGCCCAGGACAAGGCCCUCGGAUGCCAGUGUUUGACUAUCCUGUCUGGUUGGUCCUCUGCCGCAGAGGACGCGCCAGGCUCAGGGAGGUCUGUCAAAGAGGGAGGGGUGUCAUCCGGCUGCCCGCAGAUAUCCUCCGCUUCAAACUUCCCCAGCUGUAUGACAACCAUCAGAUCCCCAAGGUGUUCAGAGAGGACAGCAUCAUCUCCGGAUACCGUCAUCCCAAGAGCUCAGCGCUGGACUGUGUCCUCAGCAGCUUUCACAUGAACAACGAGACGAUGAACAUCUGGACCCACUUCCUUCCAACAUGGUAUUUCCUGUGGCGUUUCUGUGUCCUCUGCUCUACGCUGAACUUCCUGACCGACAGCUACACCUGGCCGCUGCUGGUUUACAUGGUGCUCAUUUGCAUUUACCCCUUCACCUCCAGCUGUGCACACACCUUCAGCACCAUGUCCCCGGAGUCCCGCCACAUCUGCUACUUCUUUGACUACGGAGCGCUCAGCCUCUACAGCCUCGGUUGUGCCAUAAGCUACGGACACUACGUCAUACCAGACUGCUGGGUGAACAGUUUCGUCCAUCAACAUUUCGUGCCCAUCGCCGUUGGAAACGCGUUGUUUUGCACCAGUUUGUCCUGUUAUUCCAGGUUCCUGGAGUUGCAGUUCCCAAAGAGGAGUAAAGUUAUGAGGACCGUAGCGUUUAUCGUCCCGUUUAUAUUCGACACGGCGCCUCUGUUUUACAGGAUUGUUCUGUGCUGUGGAGGAAACUGCGGCUCCAGCAGCGCCUUGUCCAGUCACUGUUACCACCUCCUCUUCGCCUUCCUCACCUGCUUCCUGUUUACCGCCCACCUCCCGGAGAGGCUUGCCCCGGGGCGAUUCGACUACAUCGGCCACAGUCACCAGCUCUUCCACGUCAGCGCCGUGGUGGGAACCCACUUCCAGAUGGAGGGCGUGAUCGCCGACAUGAUGUCACGGCGGGCGUGGCUGGUGGGCCACGGAGCCACGCCCUCCUUCCUGAGCACCAUCGGCGUGCUCGUCGUCAGCUUCGCCCUCAACCUGGGCGUCAUCGGUAUCUUCAGCGCGCCGCUGCUGUGGAAGCCCGACCAGUCGCACGCUGCGGCGCGUGAGCGCAAGGAGCAGUGACGGCAUGCGCGCGCGCGUUUCACAGCGACAGGCACAAAAUGGCCGCUUCACUGUCCAGAUGAAAAGGUUUGGGCUGUUUAACAGUUUACAGUAGAUGUCGUUUAACAGGCACUCUGUGCCCAAACAGUUUACUAACAAAGUUACACAAGCGAGGUUUGUGUGUUUGCUGGGAAGCUGAAGACCCGCUCUCUCGUAUUAAAGGGGUAGUUCAGGGUGUUUUGUAAAACAAAAACAGAAACAUGUUU